AUGCACUGUCUGAUAUUGCCUUUGGAGGUUUUCGAGACCAUCCUGACAUGUCUGGAUCUUGACUCAGUCAAAGCACUUCGUCUAACAAACCGAAGACUGGCAGGGAUGUGCAUCGGGCCUCGGUUUUUAGCUUCCAUUCAACAACCAAUUCUGGACGUAUCGUCACAGAAUCUUCGUUCUCUUCAUGCUUUGGCUUCUAAUCCUUCUCUCAGCAAGAGGAUCCACUCUUUGACCUUCAUAGCAACAAGCUUGGACUCUUCGGAGUUAGAGAAGAAUGUGAAGGCUGGACAAUAUACUACGCGGGAAUUCGACGGGCCCUUUAUUAUAUCUUCUCAGGUCGAGUAUUCCCCCGAAGAACUGUCAAAGGCCAUCUCCGACCUAAGCUGGUUGAGGGAGCGGCAAGAAGAAAGAGCCAAUGAGUCGUCAAGUGAGAUGAUUCAGCUUCUUGAACUCGCGUUCAAGGGGUUUAACAAGUUGGAUUCGAUACACCUAGAUGGUGCGUUCAUCGUCGGACGUACGAACAGGGAAUCAGCUCAUCAUGGGGAGUGGCACCCGCUAUGGAUGCGAGCUUCGCAAAUACUGUCUAUGGUUUUGACGGCGAUAGUUCAGAGCGGCAUUUCAGUGAAGAAACUCGAUGUAUAUCGCGAUACUCCCAGAUGCUGCAUUCCAUCCGGUCAUAUCACCACCUAUGCAUCCCGGUUCAGCCCAGGCCAGCUAGAGAUACUAGGCAAGGGCUUGGAAUCUCUAAAGCUUAGUAUGUCUGGGGAGAUACAGGACACUUUUGAAAUCUCCGAAUCAGAUGACAUGGGAGGCUGGAGGGGACUUCUAUCGCGCGAAGAUGCUCGUGCAGUGCUAGCCGGUGGGACACCAGGAAUUGCAUCCCUGCUCAAACCUGCCUCAGCUCUUCGUGAGUUGGAUCUAUCUUUCCGUCAUACCCUAAUAGACGGGACACUAGAAAGCUACGACCGGAUCAUUGAAAGUAUUGCCCAAGAGACACAGUUCCCCAGGCUUGAGAAAUGUGCACUUUCGGGAUUCAAGGCAAGAGGGGAGUCAAUUCUGCUAUUUAUCCAGAGGCAUGCCAAUCUACAGUCUCUCACGCUGCAUGAGUGUACUUUGACCACUGGUUCAUGGACACCGAUCAUGUCGCAUCUAGACCAAUCCAUGCCAAAGCUAGAGCUCCUCAGCCUCUCAAACCUGUAUGGAAAGCAUGUGAACUAUGCACCAAGGGUUGGUCACCUUGAUUCGAAUGCCAGAUCUCAAGGAGAGCAGGGUGAGCAGGAAGUCGAUGGAAUUGUGAACCUUCAUCCAGUCUGGGACACCGAUCAACAAUCACGUUGGAGGUGCCUGGCGAAGGCUGGAGGGAAAUGCGUGCACACCAGGAGCUUCACCCGUGAAGAAUUGAAGAAAGGGCUUGUAUUUCGGCCGCUAAGGCCUGGGGGUCGGUUUAAAGGCUCUUUUGAGCAUAUGCAGUGGGGAAAGGCUCGGAGGGCGCUUUAUGGACCUCCAUAG